AUGGAGGACACCGCAAAUUUGGUGGUGUAUCGUGAUGGUGAGAUAAUACGUAAUACUCAUGAGGGAGUGAGGUUAGUGUCACAAAAUCCGUUUUCGUUUGUGGUUCCAUGCACGAUGACGUUAAUGGAGCUGCAGAACGGCCUAUGUCAAAGCAUGGAGAAUGGUACAUUAAUGAGAGUGAGCAGAAUUCUGUACCGGAAUCCAGUUAUGGUUUUUGGUGGUCUAAAACAGUUUGAUACCAUUUCGAUCACGGAUGAAGUGAGUAUGCAGAAUAUGUUUCAAAUUCAUCGGCAGACUUAUAUGAGACACCCACAGAUUGAGUUGUACGUUGAGUUUGAAGCUGUAGAGGCAGUAGCGGUCCAAACUGAUAUAGAUGUAAAUGAUGAUAUAGCUGCAGUGUACGAAGAAAUGAAUAGUGACAGCGAAGAGGACUUCGAAGCCACUUAUGAAGCCGGCGACGAAGAUGAGGAUGGCGAUGUGGGAGUUGAGGCAGCAGUGGAGAAUGUAGUGGUUCAUCCCUCGAGCAGUCAACCGAUGGGCGUUCCACCUUUUAUGUGUGAGUUGGAUCUCGAUGCCAUGCAUGCCCCCGAGUUUCCGGAAUAUGCAAACAGAGGUAUUGCUAAUCCUGAGGACGGAGAGUUCCGAAUUGGAAUGGAAUACAGUUCUAGAAAGUCGGUCGUUGCAGUAAUUAGAAGUUUCAAUAUAUCUAGAGGAGUUGACUAUGAUGUGUAUGAGUCUGAGCCACAGACGUUCUAUGCAAAAUGCAAGAUGUUCGGGCAUGGAUGUGACUGGCUUAUCCGAGCCAGCUUGAUACGGAGAAAAAGUUGUUGGGAGAUACGCAGAUACAACGGUAGGCACACGUGCACCAUCGGAACGAUUUCACAAGAUCAUUCCAAGUUGGACUUAGAUACAGUUGCUGAGGCUAUAAGGCCGUUGGUCGAGACGGACCCGUCCAUCAAGGUGAAAUCUAUAAUUGCGGAAGUCCAGUUAAGGUUCAACUAUACCAUCAGUUAUCGAAAGGCUUGGUUGGCAAAGCAGAAGUCCGUUGCCAACGUUUUCGGUUAUUGGGAGGAAUCUUACCAAGCAUUGCCGUGGUGGCUCUCGGUCAUGGUGCAGAAGAUUCCUGGUUCAUUUGUCCAAAUAGAAACACGACCACUCUACAACGGGAAUGAGGAGGCACAAGGUGUAAAAAUACUUCAUCGUGUAUUUUGGAGUUUCAAUCCAUGCAUUAGGGCAUUCAGGCAUUGCAAGCCCCUGGUUCAGGUUGAUGGCACACACCUAUACGGAAAAUACAAAGGUACACUUCUAGUCGCUGUUGCACAAGAUGGGAACCAGAACAUUGUGCCUAUUGCCUUUGCCUUGGUGGAAGGUGAGACAGCUGAUGCGUGGCACUUCUUCCUCAGGAAUCUGCAAACGUAUGUUGUUAGAAAAGACAGUGUGGAUAUGAUCUCAGACCGGCAUGAGUCAAUACGGGCAGCAGUUAAUCGUUCCGGUGGUGACUGGCAACCUCCAAGAGCAUGGUGGAUGUUUUGUAUAAGACACAUCGGCAGUAACUUCUUAAGGGCAUUCAAAGUCCCUCACUUGCAGAAGCUUGUUGUCAACAUAGGGUAUUCAAGAACGGUGGAGGAGUAUAAUAUCAACUAUAAGAGGUUGGAAGAGCGAGGCGAGGCAUAUGCCAGGUGGUGCGAUGCCAUCGGACUCAGACAUUGGGUAUUGGCAUUCGACAAGGGACAUCGAUGGGGCCAUAUGACAACGAACCUUGUCGAGUGUAUUAACUCAGUGUUGAAGGGUGCCCGUAAUCUACCUGUGUUGGCGCUGGUCCGAGCAACAUAUUAUAGGUUAAAUGAACUCUUUACACGGAAGAGUGCCGAGACUCACGAAUGCAAGCGUGCUGGAUUUACAUACUCCGCAUUUGCGCAACAGCGGAUAGAAGCAAGUAUGCAACAGGCUGCGAAUAUAGUUGUGCACCGCUUUGAUAGACGAAAUGAGGUGUUUGAGGUGCGCGAAAUGACUACUGGAAAGGUGUUAGUUGUUGAUCUAGCACGACGGACGUGUGACUGUGGGCACUUUCAGGUUGAACGAAUACCAUGUCGCCAUGUUAUUGCUUGCUGUGCUAACCAGCUGCUCGAUUGGCAGUUGUAUGUGCAUGAGGUGUACAAGAUGACGGAAGUUCGUAAGGUAUAUAGGUUUGAGUUCACACCAUUAGGAGAUCCUGAGACAUGGCCUGCUUAUGAGGGACCCACAUUGGUCGCUAAUCCCGCACUGAGGCGAACGUCUAAAGGCAGGCCCAAACUAACCCGAUACCUGAAUGAAAUGGACUCACGUGACAUGCGUGUUCCUCGGAUAUGCCGUCUCUGUGGUGCUCAGGGUCAUAGUCGGAGUAGGUGUCCGCAGCGUGCUGGACCGAGUGGUGCUGGUUCAUGGUUUAGUAUGGUCAUGUUUGUACUUUUUAAUUUGCAUUUCGUCAGUUGA